AUGAAGAGUUUACUUGAGAAGAAGCCCUCGACGGGAGUAGUGCACACAGCUCCUCAGAUACCUGAAGAUAGUGAUAUUGGCGAAGUAGAUCAGAUUUCUGCACUUUCGGCUUAUGCAGCCUUUUUCUCUCCAGCAGCUCCAUCUUCCCCAGCUAUGACUUUCUUUAUGGGAGACAGGCCAAAAUAUGAAAGUGAAGAAGAGACUGAAGUUCUUCCACAAGCUCUAGAUGACCUCAUGAACCGAGAAAAUGACUUUCCUGCUCGUGCUCAUUGCCUUGUUCGUUGGUAUGGCUUGAGGGAGUUCGUGACUAUUUGUCCAGAGAAUGCUAGUCAACCAAUAGUGUCUCCCUCAAAAGCAAUGCUGCUCUUGUCAUCACUUACCAUUGCUGCAAAUAAUACUAACUGUCAGGUGCCAUUGUUUGUCCAAGUACGUAGUCUUCAUGAAAAGAUGUACUUGGGUGUAGGUGUGGGAGCUGGAGUGCGUACAGACUACAAUAUGGUGUAUACAAAAAAUCCUCCACGUCAGUUUAUUAACCUUGCAGGGCUCUUGGAUGUAUUUCGCAGCAAGUUACAGUAUACAGUAACCUCUCCCCCUGUCCUUGUUUCUGUGAGAUUUACCUAUGUUCUCUCUGAAUGGCCUCAUACAUUGUGGACCCAACAGCCUCCUGACUUUGAUGCCACACUCACAGAAGUUGGCUUCUCAGACCUUGGAAACCUACCUUUUGGAGCACUAAGUGACCCAGUAAGUGAACUGCACCUCUCAGCUACUUGGCCAUGUGUUAGUGAAGAUGUACUUGUUGACAGUGAUGUUUACAGUGAUUUAGAUCCUGGCUCUGCACCAAUUUGGAAAGCUCGUUUAGUGACAGCAGCUUCUCCUCCAUGUCUCUUGUCAGAAUAUUUAUUAGAAUUUCUUACCGUUUGCCGUAAUAACCAGACUGUCACACAGAUUCUUGGACCCGAAUUUAGCCAAGAAACUGAUG